GGUAGGUCCCUUUUUCACGUGCGGCGCGGGCGCGCACUCCACGGCGCUGGUCCCCGGGCGUGGGCUGAGCCUCUGUGCGCCAGUCGCUGAGUACCCGCCCCGCCCCGCCCCCGGCCCGCAGGCUCCUGAGCUCGCGCACGCGCAACGCAGAGCUUCCACCGGUCUCGGGAGGGAGCGGUACGGGACGAGCAGAGGCCGGGCCUGGCGGAGGCCGGCGCCGCGGUGCGCGGGGAGGAGCCCGGGCCGCGCUGCCCACGGAGAGGAGCAUGUCCGCGACGCGAGCCAAGAAAGUGAAGAUGGCCACCAAGUCCUGCCCCGAGUGCGACCAACAGGUUCCUGUUGCAUGUAAAUCAUGUCCCUGUGGUUACAUAUUUAUUAGUAGAAAACUUUUAAAUGCAAAACACUCAGAGAAAUCACCAUCUUCUACAGAAAACAAGCAUGAGGCCAAGAGGAGGCGAACAGAGAGAGUUAGGAGAGAGAAGAUAAAUUCUACAGUAAAUAAAGAUUUAGAAAACAGAAAGAGAUCUCGAAGUAACAGCCAUUCAGAUCAUAUCAGACGAGGAAGAGGAAGACCUAAAAGUGCAUCUGCCAAAAAACAUGAGGAAGAAAGAGAGAAACAGGAAAAGGAAAUUGACAUCUAUGCUAACCUCUCUGAUGAAAAGGCUUUCGUGUUUUCGGUCGCCUUGGCAGAAAUAAAUAGAAAAAUUAUCAAUCAAAGACUUAUUCUCUGAUCCUUGUCUGAAGAAUCUGUUGAAACUUCCUUCAGGAUUGCAUCAGCAAAUUCUCAAAGUGAAGGACUCUCAGGAGCAUUCUGACUGCAUCAAUAAGGGGCAUUGAUUGUUUUUCAUUUUUCAUUUAGCCUGUGCCACACUUUUGGAGCAAAGCUGUGUGCUCGGACUAUUCUGGGAUUUCCUUGUUUACCAAGGAAUAUUGUCAGUGUUUUGUGUUGGGACAUAAGUGGGGUAUUUACAGAACCAAACCAAAAUGUUGGAUGGAUGGAUGUUAAAAAUAAAAAGCGAUCAGAGUAGGGGUGGAAGUAUGAAAAUGGGAAAAUGAAAUGCUUGAUAAUUUGCAGGUUUGGCACCAGAAGUGCAGUAUUUUAAAUACUAUGAGAAAGAGUGAUGUUUAAAUAUAUAUGUAUACAGCAGGUUUUCAGCACUAACAGGUUGCGUAUAUACAGUCAUUUACCUUUAAUAAAUUGGCAAUUGAUACUUUAUUGAAUGAGGAAUUAAGAAUAUAAACUGUAAAUUUGUCCUCAAUUGAUUUUUUCCCCCUCGGCCAUUUUUAUGAUGUAAAGUAUGAGUUAUAUUUUUAGUAUACUUUCUAAACAGUUUGGAAGUUUGGGUGCUAUAUGAAGAAAAACAUUUAAGGAUAUAUCAUACUUCAGAUAGACACCUUGUUUUAUUGAAUGUAAUUUAUUUAUUGGUUACAAAAAUCUUUUCUCCUCUCAGAAUGGUGCCUGUUAACCUAAACUUAGAAUAUAUUUAUUACAUGCAAAAUAUUUCUUAGAUAGCCACUUUUAAGCAGUAAUAUUUUAUCUGAGUGGAUGUUCAUUUACACAUCCUGAUAAUUAUUUAAAUUGUUACCUUAACCUCACCCAAAAAAAUAAAGCUUAAUAUUGAAAC